CACUCCCCAAAUGCCCAGAUUUCACAUAAAAUCCCAACAAGAAUGGCUUUUAAUGGUUUAAAGCCUUGUUUUUAUCUCACCGGGGGCUCUGGACGCAGACGCUAAUUCUUGUGUCUCUGUAGAUAUAUCGGUGAAAAGAGUAAGAAGGUAGAAAACGGUAGAGGUCGCUCGUGCUAGUCUGAUAGCCGAGAAUAAUAUAUCCAGUCGGACAUGUUCAUUAACCAGUGACCUUGUAGUGACACACAAUUACAUGCACAUGUCAACAAGUCUCACCUAUUCUCUGUCACGUCAAAUCAAGCCCUGUAGGAACAAGUCGUCAGUGUCGUCUGACAUUGUACGGAUAAAAGUCUACUUGGGACGACGUCGCCUGAACAUUCAGUUGUGCUGUCACGACUCCAAAGGGGAAAACAUGACUGAAAACGAAAACGCCGCCGAUGAAGCCUUGGUGUUCGAAAACGGGCCUUCUGGCGACUCUAAGGACGACUUACCGGUCAAGGUGAACUACGACCGAGCUAUGGACUACCUGGGCGGGUUCGGACCUUGGCAGAGGAGGGUAUUCUUCCUCAUCUGUCUGCCCACCGGCUUCAGUGCUUUUCAGGCGUUUGGUAUCAUCUUCAUUGCGUUCGAGCCCGACGUCCACUGCCGGGUGCCGCAGGACAGCUUCUCGGGCCUGAACGCGACCCCGGCCGAGCUGCUGAACGUUACCAUCCCCUGGGAGCUGAAGGACGGGGAGUGGACACGGAGUCAGUGCAAACGGUGGGGCCGAAAACCGGUACUGCUGGCUUCUCUCGCCAUCGACUACAUGUUCGGGAUCAUCUGUGCUUUCUCACCGAACUACGCCGCCUUCGUAUCCUUCCGCGCCGUCAUAGCGGCAUGCACCAUGGUCUCUGUUCUUGUGCCAUUCGUCAUGGCGACAGAGCUGGUUUCCCCCGACAAGCGCAGCCUGGUGGGGAUGGUGAUCUGGAUCUACUGGGCGAUCGGUUACGUCAUCCUGUCCGGGAUCGCCUACCUCAUCCGGACCUGGAUGUGGCUGCAGAUUGCAGUUACCAUGCCUUACCUGUUCUUCAUAUCCUUCUGGUGGCUUGUCCCCGAGUCUCCAAGAUGGCUGAUCUCAAGAAGUCGCCACGAAGAGGCGGCCGCCAUCUUGCGCAGUGCAGCAGAGGUCGCCAGUGUCACUAUACCCGAUGAGGUCUUCCAUGACACCAUUCCUUUAACCCAGACAGAGGAAAAGACUAAGGAGAAAGAGAAGCUCUACACAUUUGUUGACCUGUUCAGGACCCCGAAUCUUCGGAAGUGGACUCUCAACAUCUUCUUCAACUGGAUCGUCAACACCCUGGUGUAUUAUGGGAUAUCCCUCAACACGGCCGCCCUGAGCGGGAACAUGUACCUGAACUUCGCCAUUUCCGGUUUCGUCGAAAUUCCAGCAUACAUACUAUCCAUCUUCAUCCUGAAUAGGUUCGGAAGACGCUGGCCCUUAUGCUUGAUGCUUCUGUUUGGAGGCGUCGCCUGUAUCGUGGCCUUCUUCAUUCCCAAACACCUCGGCUGGAUGACCACAACCCUGGCCAUGACCGGCAAGUUCUGCAUCACCGCUUCUUUCGCUGUUGUGUACGUCUUCUCGGCGGAGAUCUUCCCUACUGUUGUCAGGCAAAUCGGGAUCGGUAUGUCCUCCAUGAGCGCUCGUGUCGGCGGUAUGGUCGCGCCAUUUAUCAACCUGCUGGGCGUCUAUUGGACGCCGAUGCCUUACGUCAUCUUCGGGGGAACUUCGGUCGCCGCCGGACUGCUGGCGCUGCUCCUACCGGAAACCAAGGGGAAGGCACUUCCGGCUACCAUCGAGGACGGCGAGAAUUUCGGGAAGGAAGACGGUAUCGUAAACGAGGAAUGAUCUGAGCAAAGUUGGGCUAAGACAGGAUUUGUGAUAAUUGUCUUUGGCCCGCAAGUAUACAAAAGUAACGGGUUCCGCACUGGUGUUCCAGUGCUGAAUCGAUGGGUCGAAUCGGCCUCAGCA